AUGUCCGCCCGCGCUACACCCGCCGAGCGUGCCGCUCAGAUUAUGAUCAAACGUGUUGCUCGUGUUUGUCAUCUCUAUCUAGCAGCUGCUUUGCGGAUGUGCCAUCGAGCGACUCAUCUCCCCCGAAACUACGUCACAGAGGUCUCGAACUUCUGCCGCAGCAUUGCAGAGUUGGAUCCGUGUGCCACGAAUUUGAUGCUACCCGUGAGCACUCAAUCACCUUAUAUCCCCUACAUCUAUGGUCUGGGUCAGAUGCAGGCAAUAUAUGAUCUUGCCUCUGUUAUCGCGCGAUCGCUUCUCGCAUUUGAGGCUGAUCACGGGCGACUUUCGACUUUGAUCGAAAACUUACCCAGAGUCACUCUACUUUGUCAAUCCAUUCGCACUGUGCUCAUCGACCUGGUCUUGGACGUCCCCCUCCACUUCCGUAUCAAGACGCCCGAAUGGGUCACCAAAGCGGAAGAGUGUGUGGCGCGGGUAGAGCGGGUGGUGGAGUUGUCAGCGACAUGCAACGAUCUUGAUGACAUAACAUUGCAGCUAUUCAACCCCAAGGGCAUCUGGGGUAUCGUUGAGGCGAUGCAAGACAAUGUUCUGGGAGAGAAGAUUCUGGAGACUGUCGACGACAUCGCCUUUCUAUUGGAUCGCACGUUAAAGCACAUCAUCGACUGCAGAGGACGUGGUAUCGACAAGACCUCGGCGGAAACACUGCAAGAAAUCCUUGAGCUUCUGGCAACGAUAUCGAUCUGCCUUCAAGUGCUGGUGGAGUACUCAGAUGAUGAAAGUCAACUCGCUGACUCCUUUGGUUAUGCUGGGGAAGUUGAAGAACAUGUAUCGCGACUCAAUGUGCUUGCCAUGACAAUGAUUGACGUGUAG